GUGACGGAUCCGCGCGAGGACCGGGCGCGCAUUGAAGGUGACAAGGACCGGCUGCUCCGAGACUGCUACGCAUGGAUACUGGACGACGCCAGCUUCCAGCAAUGGAGGACGCAGGACGAGUCGCGGCUGUUGUGGAUCAAGAGCGACCCGGGCAAAGGCAAGACAAUGAUGACGAUGGGUCUGAUCGCUGAGUUGUCGCAAGGAGAAUAGAGCUAGGCCAUCGUCGGGGACAAUGUCGAAGAUGCUCGUGAAGCUAAAGCUCAAGUCGAAGCAGGAGGUCAAGAGCGCACCGAGGCAGCGUCUACUGACCUACUUCUUCUGCCAGAGCACGCGGCCAGAGCUCAACAACGCGGUGUCGGUCCUGCGAGGGCUCCUCUACCUGCUUAUUGAACAGAGAAAGGACUUAGUGCGCCACAUGCAGAAGCGUUUUGAGACGGUGGGUAGGCAACUGUUCGAAGGGCCAAACGCUGUGUAUGCGCUGAGGGAGAUACUGUCGAACAUGCUCAACGACGCUGCUCUGUCGCCGACGUACCUGCUUGUCGAUGCGCUCGACGAGUGCACGACUGGACUGCCUGAGCUUCUGCACGUCAUCACAGACACCAGCCUUGGGCAACGGUUGCGGGUCAAGCGGCUCGUGACGAGCCGCAAUAUACCCGAGAUUGAGCGAUAUCUGCAGCCGGACUCGCUCGGCAUCAAGGUGAGCCUCGAGGUGAGGGCGACCCAUGUGUCGCGAGCAGUGGCAGCGUUUGUUGACUACAAAGUGCGGCGACUGGCAGCUGUGCUUGGGUAUGAUACUAGAUUACAAGCAGAGGUGCAGCAGCAGCUCUGUGACAAGGCUGAAGGCACUUUUUUGUGGGUGUCGCUGGUGUGCAAAGAGCUGGAACGGGUGCCGCUCUACCGCACGCGAGAGGUGUUGCAGGCACUGCCGCCAGGACUCGACCCGUUAUAUGAUCGGAUGAUGGGGCAAGUCUUAGCGCAGGACGCAAGGACCGUGGCGUAUUGCAGGGCCAUUCUUCGUUCAAUCACUCUCGCUAUCCGGCCGCUGCAGCGUGAAGAGCUCGCCGUCGCUGCAGGUCUUCCCAGGGAUCAGUUCCACGACGUACAAGCAGUCGUCGACCUUGUCAGCCGCUGUGGCUCGUUCCUGACUGUUCGUGAAGGCGUUGUGUCGUUCAUUCACUUAUCUGCCAAAGACUACUUCACUGUGGGCAACGGCCGGCAGGUGUUUGAUAGCACACCAGCAGACGAGCAGGGACGGCUGACUGAGCGCCUGCUAGACGAGAUGGAUAGCGCGCUGCGGAGAGACAUGUGCGGCUUGCAGAAGCCUGGGGUGCGAACACUGGAGGCGACAAGCCGAGUCUGGGAUAGCUGCCUGCCGCAGAUCGCGUACGCAUGUGAGUACUGGGUCAAGCAUCUGCAGGCGGGCGGACAUCCUUGCAGCAGCCUCUUGGUGGACGGCGGCAAAGUGCACAGCUUCUUUCAGAAGCACUUGCUGCACUGGCUAGAGGCAAUGAGCCUGCUGCAAAAGAUGCCAGAAGCCAUACUUGCGCUGCAGCUGCUGCAGACAUCAGUAUGUGUAGCAGAAAGUAUGACGGUGUCGAACAUCGUGCACGAUGCGCUACGGUUCGCGAUGUGGAGCGGAUCUGGGAUCCAGGAAGCGCCGCUGCAAGUGUACUACGGCGCGUUGGUGUUUGCGCCAGAACAGAGCAUUGUCCGGUGUCAGUUUAGGCAGGAGAUGCCAGAGGGAGUGCACGUGAAGCGGGGACUGGAGGAAGACUGGGGGCCUCUACUGCAGACGCUCGAGGGCCAUACGGAAAAAGUCAACAGCGUGGCCUUCUCGGCAGAAGGCGAUCGACUGGCAUCGGCUUCAGUGGACAAGACGGUGCGGGUGUGGGAUGCGAAGACGGGGCAGCUGCUGCACACGCUCCAGGGCCAUACGCAGAUUGUCACCAGCGUGGCCUUUUCGGCAGCAGGCGAUCAACUGGCAUCGGCUUCGCGAGAUAAUAUGGUGCGGGUGUGGGAUGCGAAGACGGGGCAGCUGCUGCACACGCUCGAAGGCCAUAUAAGCGGUGUCACGAGCGUGGCUUUCUCGGCAAAAGGCAAUCAACUGGCAUCUGCUUCGUCGGAUAAGACGGUGCGAGUGUGGGAUGCGAAAAUGGGACAGUCGCUGCAGACGCUCGAGCGCCAUACGCAGAUUGUCACCAGUGUGGCCUUCUCGCCAGAUGGCGAUCGACUGGCAUCGGCUUCGUGGGAUAAGACAGUACGGGUGUGGGACGCGAAGACGGGACAGUCGCUGCGCGCGCUCGAGGGCCAUACAGACUAUGUCUGGAGCGUGGCCUUCUCGGCAGAAGGUGAUCGACUUGCAUCGGCUUCAGUGGACAAGACGGUGCGGGUGUGGGAUGCGAAGACGGGACAGUCGCUGCACACGUUCGAGCGUGUAGGAUGGGUUGGCAGUAUGGCCUUCUCUGGGGAUGGGUCACGCCUGCUUACAAACUGUGGGACAUUGUUGCUUCCACGACCAGCCUUAUCUGCAUCUGCUUCUUCACCUCAGGCGCCUGCAAAAACUAUCUUUGUCGCUGAGAGGUGGUUGACGGUAAAUGCAGAAGAUAUGAUUUGGAUACCUGCUGACUACCAACCGAGCUGUACUGCGAUGCACAACUAUUAUGUAGCAAUUGGCAACGGUUCUGGAGGAGUACUGCUGUUGGAGGUAGAAUAAGCGUAC